AUGCCGGUCCGGAUCAUGUGCACCAUCUCCUUUUCUGGCGAUGAUGAAGACCGAGGUUACGGCAAGGAGGGUUUCGACGAUCACUACAAAAGGGUUACGAGGGGUUACGGAGACUCGCGGGAGUUCCCGGACGCUUGUAGUCAUACGGACGACUGUGAGGAAGAGGAGGACAGUACGGGCCAGGUGGAGGACCUGGCGACCUUCUUCAGCGGCUGCUCGCUUCACGGAGCCAACCACGUGUUCGUGGAGAACAAGAAGUUCGGCGUCCGGCGGCGUUUGUGGGCGGUGGUCUUCAUCAUGGCACUGUCCGCCUUCUUAUUCCAAGUGGCCGACCGCAUCAUCUCCUACCUCCGGUACGACUACGUCACCAUGCUGGACGAGAAGGUGGCCAAAAACGUGACCUUCCCGGCCGUCACCUUGUGCAACUACAACUUCGUGCGCAAGUCGCAGAUAAGCUACAGCGACCUGAUCUUCAUGGGCCCUCUGCUGGGCUUCGAGGAAGGCAUGGCGCCAGGGUUCCCGCUGGCCCCGGAGGCCGACCGCCCGCCGGGCUCUCGCUUCAGCCUGGACGAGUUCUACAACCGCACCCGGCACCGCAUCGAAGACAUUCUGCUGGAGUGCAACUUCAGGGGCUUGGAAUGUGGCCCGGAGAACUUUCGGGAGAUCUUCACACGUUACGGAAAGUGCUACACCUUCAACUCGGGCCAGGACGGGCGGCCGCUGCUGUUGACCAUGAAGGGCGGCAUGGGCAACGGUCUGGAGCUGAUGCUGGACAUCCAGCAGGACGAAUACUUGCCCGUGUGGGGAGAGACGGACGAGACGUCGUUCGAAGCCGGCAUCAAGGUUCAGAUCCACACGCAGGAGGAGCCGCCGUUUAUCGAUCAGCUGGGCUUCGGGGUGGCGCCGGGUUUCCAGACUUUUGUCUCCUGUCAGGAACAACGGCUGACCUACCUGCCGCCCCCCUGGGGCGACUGCAAGGCCACCCCGAUGGACUCGGACUUCUUCAGCACGUACAGCAUCACGGCCUGUCGCAUCGACUGCGAGACGCGCUACCUGGUGGAAAACUGCAACUGCAGGAUGGUCCACAUGCCCGGAGACGCACCCUACUGCACUCCUGAACAGUACAAGGAGUGUGCGGAUCCAGCCUUGGACUUCCUCGUGGAGAGGGACAACGACUACUGCGUGUGCGAGACGCCGUGCAACUUGACACGCUACGGUAAAGAGAUGUCUUUCGUCAAGAUCCCCAGCAAGGCGUCGGCCAAGUACCUCGCCAAGAAGUUCAACAAGACGGAGCAGUACAUAGCAGAUAACCUUCUGGUCCUGGAUAUCUUCUUUGAAGCGCUGAACUAUGAGACCAUCGAACAAAAGAAGGCGUACGAGCUGGCGGGCCUCCUGGGCGACAUCGGAGGUCAGAUGGGCCUCUUUAUCGGGGCCAGCAUCCUCACCAUCCUCGAACUCUUCGACUAUCUCUACGAGGUGAUCAAGUACAAGCUGUGCCGAUGCGUCAAGAAGAAACACAAAGGCCGCAACAACAAUGACCGGGGCACUGCGCUGAGUCUGGACGAUGUCAAGCAUCAUGCUCCGUGCGACAACCUGCGCGCGCCGUCCACGUACCCGGGCAACAUGCUACCUCAUCACCCGGCCCAGGGAAACUUCGAGGACUUCACCUGCUGAGCUGAACCGAGCUUGAGGGAGUGCGUGCGUACGUUAUUGCAACCAAAGUUCAAACGAUACAGCGAGACUAUCCGGGCGAGGAGCCGAUGCCAUGGCCGAACAGGCGCACUUUUGUACAAUUUGGAUAGAAGAAAAUGGGAGGAAAACUGUCGCCCCAGGCCUUGCGAAGAGAAGAGUGCACCCCAACACAUCCAUUUCACGCAGGACCCACUAUUUAUUUAUCCUUCUGGAGCACUGCCGCAACGGAGAUGCCGACUCGGACCGCUCGCUCUCAUACACACCCUUGAGAAAAAAGGGAAACUGUACAGUCACCCAAAAAAAAAAAAAAAAAGAGAGAGAGAGAGAGAGCGAGAGAGAGAGAGAGUCCCCCACCUUCAUACAGCAGAGGGACAAACAUCCGCCCUUGUCAGCACAUGUAGCCACAUCAUGGCGUGGGUUCACAAAGCGACGGGAAGUUCAGGUCUCACUGUGUAAAUGCAUGCUCGUAUUCGUCCAUUUGCAUGGUUUAUUGUUUGCUAUCUAGUUUUUGUUUUUGUUUUGGUUUGUUAGAUAUACGCUAUGCAGUGGGUAAGGAAAGUAUUCAGACCCCCUUGAAUUUUUCACUCUUUGUUAUAUUGCAGCCAUUUGCUAAAAUCAUUUAAGUUCAUUUUUGUCUACAUUAAUGUACACGCAGCACUCCAUAUUGACAGACAUAAAAACGGAAUUGUUGACAUUUUUGCAGAUUUAUUAAAAAAGAAAAACUUGGGAAUGAUACAAUGAGUUUUUCACACCUGGAUUUGGGGAUCAUCUGCCAUUCCUCCUUGCAGAUCCUCUCCAGUUCUGUCAGCUCGGAUGGUGAACGUUGGUGGGCGGCCAUUUUCAGGUCUUUCCAGAGAUGCUCAAUUGGGUUUAAGUCAGGGCUCUGGGUGGGCCAUUCAAAAACACUCACGGAGUUGUUCUCAAGCCACACCUUCUGUAUUUUUGCUGUGUGCUGAGAGUCAUUGUCUUUUUUGAAGGUGAACCUUCGGCCCAGUCUGAGGUCCUGAGCACUCUGGAGAAGGUUUUUGUCCUGGACAACCCUGUACUUGGCCGCAUUCAUCUUUUCUUCGAUUUCAACCAGUUUCCCCGUCUCUGAAGCUGAAAAACACCCCCACAGUAUGAUGUUGCCACCACCAUGCUUCACUGUUGGGACUGUAUUGGUCAGGUGAUGAGCAGUGCCUGGUUUUCUCCACACAUGCCACUUAGAAUUAAGGCCAACAAUUUCUAUCUUGGUCUCAUCAGACCAGAGAAUCUUAUUUCUCACCAUCUUGGAGUCCUUCAGGUGUUUUUUUAUCAAACUCCAUGCGGGCUUUCGUGUGUCUCGCACUGAGGAGAGGCUUCCGACUGGUGGAGGGCUGCAGUGAUGGUUAACUUUCUAGAACUUUCUCCCAUCUCCCGACUGCAUCUCUGGAGCUCGGCCAUAGUGAUCUUUGGGUUCUUCUUUACCUCUCCCCCGAUUGCUCAGUUUGGCCGGACGGCCGGCUCUAGGAAGGGUUCUGAUCAUCCGAAACGUUUUCCAUUUCAGGAUUAUGGAGGCCACUGUGCUCUUAGGAACCUUAAGUGCAGCAGAUUCUUUUUGUAACCUUGGCCAGAUCUGUGCCUUGCCACAAUUCUGUCUCUGAGCUCUUCAGGCAGUUCCUUUGACCUCAUGAUUCUCAUUUGCUCUGACAUGCACUGUGAGCUGUAAGGUCUUAUAUAGACAGGGGUGUGGCUUUCCUAAUCAAGUCCAAUCAGUAUCAUCAAACACAGCUGGACUCCAAUGAAGGUGUAGAACCAUCUCAAGGAUGAUCAGAAGAAAUGGACAGCACCCAAGUUAAGUAUGUGAGUGUCACAGCAAAGGGUCUGAAUACUUAUGGCUGUGUGAUAUUUCAGUUUUUCUUUUUUAAUACAUCAGCAAAAAUUUCAACAAUUCUGUUUGUUUUUCUGUCAAUACGGGGUGCUGGG